ACACUCAAACGACACACACACUCAUUUUCCCCCAAAUUCUCAUACAUAAAAUCAUGGAAUUGGGGCAAAAUUCAUCAAAUUGAGAGUGUUUGUUUGAUCUAUUGGACUUGUUUUUGGUGAAAAUCCAACCAUGUCAACGGAGGAGCCACCGUAUUCCGCCUCCGCCAUGUCACCGCUUGACAAACCACUUCAUCAGCUCACUGAAGACGACAUUUCUCAGCUCACCAGAGAAGACUGCCGGCGAUAUCUCAAACAAAAAGGGAUGAGACGGCCGUCGUGGAACAAAUCGCAGGCGAUCCAGCAAGUAAUUAUGCUCAAGGCGUUACUUGAACCGGUACCUGAUUCUGAAGACGGUGGCCGGAGGCCCUACAUUACUUCCCGGCAACAACAAGCCCCAACCACUCGUGUCCAGAAAGGAACAAGUGCGGAUACGGAGAUCUCUCUUUCAGCGGAAGAAUCAGUACCUGGUCAUCGCAAUGAUAUGGAGAAGUCUGAUUUUGUGGGUGAUAAUGAUUCUGCUCCUACUGGGAUUGGCGGUGUGACAGAAGAGGCAAAAGGACAGAUGACGAUAUUUUAUAGUGGCAAGGUGAAUGUCUAUGAUGAUGUACCAGCUGAUAAGGCACGGGCACUAUUGCAGCUUGCUGCAAGCCCGCUCCAAUUUCCUCAGGAAGCUCCAUUUGAUGGAAACAUAUUGCAAGCUCCAGGUAUCAAUGUAGGCACAGAUUUCUCUGCCAUGCUUUCGCCGAUCUUGCAAACAGUGAGAUUGGCAGACAACUAUCGACUGCACAAAGAAGAAAGCAACAUGUUGCGUGAAGAGAACUCCGUUGAAGGUUCGGCAAGCAGAAAAGCGUCAGUUCAGAGAUAUCUGGAGAAGCGGAAAGAUAGGUUUAAGAGCAAGAGAAAAGCAGGAGCUCCAGCAUGUGCUACCACCAUUGAUGUGUACUUAAACCAUCAGAUCGGGAACCAUAACCUACAUGAGCAGUCGAGUAGGAGUGCCACUUGCUCUCCACCUCCAGUUAGACCACCUAACACCCCUAACCGGUUUAGCUAAAUUUGAGUGAUGUAUUGAAGAGUACAAGUCUCUCUGCCAUCCUUGCUGACAAAAGGUAAGGAUUGAGUGAAGCCGAGACCUUUAAAGAUGACGAAAGGAUGGCAGAAAGUGGAUUAAAAGGUAAAUAUAUUGGAGUUAAGAAAUGGUAGGCAGUUAAGUAGAGAGUGGAGUUUGAUGGUUUUGAAAAUGUUAGGGUUUGUGUAUGGCAAUGGUUUUGUAAAAAUGUUGGUUGGUGGUGGUUGUUUUAAGGCAUUUCAGAGUUGUGAAGCAAAAGGUAAAUAUCUUUAUUCUUUACAGC